UCAUGCUGUGAUUUUCUUUGCGGUUGCCUGUUUUCCACCAAUCAGGCGAACAGGAAAAUUUCAAAAGUCUUCCUCAGAUAUUAUUAUAUACUCCCUCCGUUUAGAGUUUUGCACCACAUUCAUUGUUCCACUCGUCUCAAGAGUAUCACACUACUGCUUUUCGACGUGCGGGAGGGAUCUGAAGUUUCUGGGGAAAUGGUAUACAGCAUGGCAGCAUGUCUUCUCCACAUUACAAUUUUGUCCCCACCACCACCCCAGCUAGUCGCUGUUAAGCAGCGACUAGUUAAGUGCCAACACCCAGGAUGGAGCAGCGACAUUCCCGGUCUCUGCAUUUCUAUUUCCAUCUCCCUCUUAUUUCUUUGUCAAGGCCACUGCGGAGGAGGAAGGCGCUUUCCCUUUGCUUUUCUGCGCAACCUAUAAUCCACUUUGAUAAAUAGACUGUGGGAAAUCGUGUCGCUGGGCUUAUAGUGUAGCCCAUCUAUUCCCCAUGGAAACAAAAUAUAUGGCUAUCGUUUUGGGAUAUAUUAUGGUCACAGCGUUGGCAUAUAUAAAUGCGAGCUGGCCCCCGAUAGUAACGCCUCGAUAGUGAGAGGAGACGGGAAUAUACUAUCACAUUUUUUGGAUACUUCCCCAGAAGAUUUGCCAAUGAACCCAAUCAGCCGAGGGGUGGAUAUAAAGCAUUUCAUAUCCUACUCAUCAGAGGUGUUCUCCCUGCGGCGGCGACAUUUUUUAGAGACGCAACAUACAUAUUCAGAAAUAUUCCAGUCAUGGAACCCCGAUCCAUCUCUCCACUGCCCCCGGGGAGAGCGAAGAAGCCCCUUUCCACAAUUAUUCUCAAAUUCAUUCUUCACCAGUGGCUCCUUAUCGGCUUCGGCAUUGGCUGCGUGCUCGCAUACUACUUUCCGGAGGUGGGCAAACACGGCGGCAUCAUUAAAGCUGAAUACUCUGUCUUAUAUGGUGCCGUGGCCCUCAUCUUCCUGAUAAGCGGCCUUUCCAUCCCCAAGGACAAACUGCUCAGGCAUAUGAUGAAUUUUCGUCUGCACCUCCAAGUCCAGGGUGUCUCAUUUUUGGUUAUCCCCGCCAUAAUAACUGGACUGGUGCGUUUGAUUGAUGCCACGGACCACGCUGAAAAGAUCGAUCGGGCUGUGUUGGCUGGGUAUGUAAUAUUGGCAUGCCUACCGACCACCAUUGCGUCAAAUGUGGUGAUGACUCGGGCUGCUGGUGGGGAUGAAGCGGCGUCGUUGGUCGAGGUAUUCAUUGCGAAUAUCUUGGGUCCAUUCGUUACGCCUGGUUGGGCGGUGGCGUUAAUGCCCAAGUCUAGCACAUUUGAUGUGUGGAAGGAAUCGAACGGUGACUUACAAGGGAUGUACCAGAGCGUUUUUAAGGGGUUGGGGUUGAGUGUUUUCCUGCCGCUGGCGGUGGGCCAACUUGUUCGAUGGAAGUUGGCAGAGAGGACAGCGUGGGCGAUGGAGACAUUUUAUUUGGCGAAAUUGAGUACUGCAUGCCUGAUUUUGGUUUUUUGGGCCAGCUUCUCGACCUGCUUCGCAACUGGUGCUCUCGAAUCACUUAGUCAUGAAACAAUUGCCUUCGUCACGCUGUUUAACGUACUAUUCUACAUCUCCCUCACAUGCGUCAGCUUCAUAAUCGCUUAUCCUCCCUCAGCGCUUAUACCCCAGGCAAAGCCCACAACAACAAGAGUAGUUACACCGAAGAAAGCGAAACUACAUUUCCUCAUAAAUGCCGUCCUCACCCGCCUCAUCAAGCAAACGCCACCGCUCGAAACCAUCGCAAUUUGCUUCUGCGGCCCGGCGAAGACCACCAGUCUUGGCAUUCCCAUGCUCUACGCCAUGUAUCCUACGAUAGAUCUGCAUCUUGUCGCCAAGUUAACGGUACCAGUUAUCUUGUAUACGACGGAGCAGAUCUUUUGCGCACAUUUUAUGGUACAUUUGUUUAAGAAGUGGGGCAAAAGGAGGCAGGCAGAGUGGAUUGAGAAGGAAAAAAGGGCACAAGGGGGAAGAGAUAGUCCGAGAACUGGUUGUGAGAGCGAGCACACAAGUCUGAGUACCAGUGAGGGUGAGACAGCUGAGGGGAUGCAUGGGGCACUGGAUGGGCGUGACGAUACUGUUGAUGUUGAUGUUGAGCGGGGAGAAAAAGGAAUAGGAAUGCAGAUUCCGGUAAUUCUUUGAAAUUUUUGGAUUUUGGAUUUCUUUCUUUUGCUAGGAACUUUCACGACUAUAUAUAAUAUAGAGAGAGGAUUGGAUAUUGGAUCAGUCGGUUGGGAUUUUUGUUCGAGGCAAGGGAGGAUGAUAAAUGAUAGGUUUGGAUUAACAAGGCAAGGAGACACAUGGCAUCUAACAGAGAUGUAGCUGGGAAGGGAGUUAAUAGAUCUUUUUGUUUGGUAUAUACAACGGCACAGGUCGAAAGUUACCUAAGCUGGAAGGAAAUACAAACGGUAGAAGUGCUCUUGUCACGGCUAUAUGAAAACAGGUAGAUAGCCGAGAUAGGAUUUGGGAAAUAUUAUUUGCAGUUCACCUAUUUCAUUAUUCAUCCGUUUCAAAACAUGAAGAGUUGCUAUUACCUAUGUACAGAUAUGCAGACCGUUUAAAAUAGCCAAGAGCCAAUAUACCAAGGAAAGAAAAAUAUGUAAAUGAUUGAACCACGAAACCAUCUUGUA